AUGCCUGAUCCAAGAGGGGCAGGGUCCAGUUCUCACGACCAGAUAAUACCUCGACCUCUUCAGUACUCUGUUGAGGCUUUGCUGGCCAAGAAUGAUCCCAGAAUUGGUACCUUGUUAGCACAGGAAAGGUGCUUGUUUGAGGAGCUGUGUCACAGAAGGAGAAGGUCUCGUCACAGAACCCGCUUUACCAUGAUACAGCUGGAUGAGCUGGAGAAGGUAUUCAGUCGAACCCAUUAUCCAGACUUGGUGCUACGAGAGGAAUUAGCUGGCCGUAUUGGACUGAGCGAGAGCUGUGUACAGAUCUGGUUCCAGAACCGUCGUGCACGGUGGAGGAAAGCAGUCCGGAACGGGACAGAACCAACAGCAGCUCUACUCCACUCGUGGAUACCCCGGUGUCUGCCCUACCUGUACGCUCACGGGCACGCUACCUUGGUGGCAGGUUUCAAGGAGGGUGAGAUUGCUAGUCCUGCUCGACAGGAGAGGGUGGGGGAGAGCAGUGGGGAGCGGGACAGAGCGCAGGAAGAUCUUACUUCCACUCAGACUCCCGAAGAAUGAUGGGAACAAGAGAGCUGACUAAACAGCGGACUGAUUUGCCUUGAGACGUGAGCGAAUGAUGCGGAUAUUUAGUUUAGAUAUGCGGAUAUUUACAUUAGUUAAUGUGAAUCAAUUUGUCGUGGACGGUAUUACAACAAUGUAACCGUCAUGUUUUUGAGAUGACAUGGUUGAAACCUGUCAGGACGAAUCAUUGUUGAAAGUUUUUCAUACCAAAAUAGGUUAAAUACGUUUCCUCUUUCAACUUUUCAGGUUAUUAUUGUACUUUCUCAAUUUCCUAAAUUUUUUGAUUAAUUUGAUCGUGAUCAUUGUUAAUAU